UGAAUGAAUCAAAUGUUGAAUGUUGAAAAUGGAGUUGAGUGUGAGUGUAACGCCAACGCGCGGCCAACCGUCAACCGUGUUUGUGUCAUAAGUUUUGUUAUAGCCUAGUGGUAUAGUUUUCCAAAUUGUAUGUUUGCUCGUAUAAACAGACAAAAUAGUUUCAACCCAGGCAUAGACCUAUUUGCAUUACUGUACUUUUAUUCUGUGUUUUAGUAGGCCUAAUGUUAUAAUGGAUAAGUUAAACGUAAUAUCAGAGAGGCUAACUUACCUCUAGUCUAGGCAUACCUAGUAGUACAAUAUCUCAGUUUUGUUUACUUCUCACCAAGUUACCCAGGGCCAAAUUCAUAAAAAGCCCUUUAUCAAGUCAAUGUGUGAAAACAGGGCAGUUUUCAAUUUGACAUUGUAUACAUAUUUUUGAAAUAAUGGAAGAAUUUUUACCAUCAGAGAUUGCCAGAGCUGUUUAUGGCUACUUGAUCGCAGAAGGGUGUGAAAGUGCAGCUAAUGCAUUUCUAGAAACUUCACCUAAUUUAGUUGAAUGUAAACAUCGUGUAAAGCAUGGUAAACGUCUGACUCAUGCGAAUACACUUCUACUUGGCAAAAGUUUGGUGGAAGUUCUCAACAUCGCCUGCAGUGUUCACAGCAUAGUUAAGCAGAUAUGUAACAGAAAGCAGAAAGGAAUAGCCAAUGAAAGCCAUGAGUCACUGGUAGAACUACUGGGCCAACUGCGAACCUGUGUAUUCUCUGACUCUAGAACUGAGGAAAACAGUUGCUCUCAAGCUUUUAGUCCUCAGAGCCUAGAGUGUCAGGGAUCGCUGCAUAACAUGAGAUCACCUCCUCAACAGCAACAGCACACUACUUCAUCACUAGCAGAGACUUACAAGAGUCUUGUCCAGGAAUGUAGUGAAGGACUUGAUUUGUCAUUGUCUCCGGAGAAAACAUUGCUGAAAACUUUGAAUGUGGAAUCGCCAACGAGACAACCCAUUAACAAGUCUCAGAUGAACAGUAUUCCAGACGCUCUCGAUCUAUCACAACUGGACAUGGACAAUGAGUCAGCAAUCGCAGCCAUCACUGGAAUGGGGAUCACUCCCAUAGCCUCAGUGGCAACAUCUACCAGUUCAGCACCUUCAAGUAGCAACACUGUAUCCACCUCCACUGCUGUCUCUACUGUAAUGACAGACUAUGCUGUACCUACUGCUCUGACAAGCCAUGCUGUACCUCCUGCUAUGACAAGCCAUGCUGUACCUUCUGUUAUGACAAGCCAUGCUGUACCUCCUGCUAUGACAAGCCAUGCUAUACCUCCUGCUAUGACAAGCCAUGCUGUACCUCCUGCUAUGACAAGCCAUGCUGUACCUCCUGCUAUGACAAGCCAUGCUGUACCUUCUGUUAUGACAAGCCAUGCUGUACCUCCUGCUAUGACAAGCCAUGCUGUACCUCCUGCUAUGACAAGCCAUGCUGUACCUACUGUUAUGACAAGCCAUGCUGUACCUACUGUCAUGACAAGCUAUCUGCAGCCUCCGACAACCUACAGUCUACCCGACCCUCCCAUCAUAGUGUUGAAUGGUCCGAACCAGUCAUUCAAUGGAAAUGACCCAGCAGGAUACUUCAGUGUUCCUCCGAGUGCAGCGUCCACACCUCACCCUCGUCCUGCCUUCAUGCCAGAGGACACUGCUUUCAUUGUCUACCCUCCUCUUACAACAGAUCCCAAACCAAGGAGAGUUAAAGAAAAACCAAACCCUAGAAGAUCAGGAAGACUGAGGAAGCUGUUACCAAAACCAUAUCAAAGUGAACCUCUUAAAGUGAUUCAUGUAAAGGUUUUGCCCAACAAAAUUGAAGAGACCGAAGAAGAAACUGACGAAGGAAAUGAUAUGGAAUUAGCUAAAGAGCUACCAAAUUUAGAAGAUCAAAUUAAUACUGUUGAUGCAAAUGAUGAGGAGAAAGUUAUAGAUGAUGGAGAGAAAGUCUCAAAGGAAGAAGAGAAAGUGGCAAACAAUGGGGAGAAAAAGUCAAACGAUGAGAAGAAUGAGGCAAACGAUGAGAAUAAUGAGACAAACGGUGAGGAGAAAGUGGCAAACGAUGAGGAGAACGUGUUAAACAAUGAGGAGAACAUGUUAAACAAUGAGGAGAGAGUGUCAAACGAUGAGGAGAGGGUGUCUAACAAUGAGGAGAAUGUGGCAAACGAUGAGGAGAGAGGGGCAAGUGAAAACAUUGAACAGCAGACUGAAACUUUAGCUGAAGAAAAUGUUGAUGCAUUAACCACAACUUCUGACAAAGAAAACGUUUCUAAUGAAAAUGUUCAAAAACAAGAUUCUACAAAUAAGCCAAACACCAGUGUAGCAUCAGAAUGUGAAAAAGAAGUUAUUACUCCAAGACCUACACUACGAAAAAAUAUUAGUCGUUCAACGCCUAGAAGGAACAGUCAUGUUCGGGCUUUAAGUUUUAACACUCCUCUAAAGACGAUUAAGAGCAGAAAAUCAAACACUUCGCCCAAAAUGCCAAAAAUUAAAUUCUCCCCUCGUUCUUCUAAAUUAAGUUGUGUUAAACGGUCCUCCCUGUUUAGUCCAAAAAAUGACAAAGAACUUUCUCAUUUAAGUGAAGAAGAAGAAAAUGUUGAGGAAAACAAUGCAAAGAAUGACCAAAAAGAAAUUGACAAAGAAAAAAUUUACAACUUCUUAGAUGAUUCACAGCUAAGUAAAAUACCAAUUGCAACCAGAAGUCCUGCCCCAAAACUAAGUAGCGCUUGGCAAGAAGUAAAUGAUAUUCAAAUUACAGAGAAACCUGUGUGGGAUGAAAAGAUCCGUAGCUUUGCGUUAGGUGAAUUUGAAGAUCCAGCUCCUCCACCGAAAAAAAGACCUCAAGAAAAACUAAUAGGAACUAAAAAUGCAAGUUGCCCAUCAUCUAAAGAUGAUGAAAAGUCUCUCUGUGGUGGGAAGGCUCUUCAAAGUAAAAAAGGAAGUUUUACACCUGUUAAAAGUCUUGUGGAAACUAAUAAAGUUCAAAAUAGAAACCCUAAAAAUGUUUUACAAAAAAACACAAAUUCCUCCUCUAAAAUAUCAAGGCGAAAAACUGUUGAAAAUAAAACCUGCUCUCCUUUGACUAAAACCAAUCCCAGGGACCCAGUUUCAGAUUCAAAUAGGAACUCAGUACGUACAGAACACAUUAUGGAAAAAGAAAAUCUCACUAUCGUCUCAGAUGUUCAAGAAAAUGUGGAAGACCAAGUUCAGAAACUAUUGGAACCUACUGAUAUUCAAGAUAAAGGAGAACACGAAAAUAUCAACACAAAUAAUGUUCUGUUGGAAGAUCUUGUGGUGUCAUCACAAAGCUGUUUUCCCCCGUCCAACGAUGAAAUCAGAACUGAAAGCCUACAUGAAAACAAUGCUUCUAAUCAGAUUUAUGAUUUAAAUAAAAGUAAAGUCGCUUUGGAAGACAAAAAUAAUCACAUUUCCUGUACCGAGAGUAUGUCCUCUACUGUUAUUCAGUCCAAUGUGGUUGUAUUAGAAACUCCCCUAAAAGAGUAUCAGGUUUGCCAUACAAAAAUGUUUGACCUUACUACACCACUUGUGAAAUCAAUCAGACAAGAGACUUCAAUUCUUGAACAGGAUUUACUAUUAACUCCCAGUUUACCACCAACACCACAGUUGAAUUCAUCUCCAAAAACCAUUUCUAAGACACCAUGUAAAACUUCAGGUAGUUCACCAAUUGCUAGCUCAUUGCAAAUGCUAUCUAAUAGGGGUCAAGACAAUGGGAGUAGUGUUAAUAAAAAUAAAAAACCUGAACUAAGUCCUCCAAAACAUAUGAUUGGUGAAAGCGAUAUUGAAGAUGGACAGCGCAACUCGCCUACCCUAAACACUCAACAUAUAAUUAAAGACAAUACUAGUCAUGAAAACAGUGAAAAAAGAUCAUUUGUGUCCACUAGUACAGAUUCCAGUGAAUGUGAAGAUCACAGUCAAGCUCCCUGCCUGGAUUUCUCUACGUCAAAGAGCAAAAUAAAUAGUUGUAAACAAAAUAAUAAAAAUAACAAACCGAAUCGUAAUAGGAGUCGUUUCUAUUCUACUACAGAAAGUAGUGAUGAUGAAACAACUGCGAAGGUUGUGCUAGAUACGAGCUCUAGAAAAACAAAGUUAUCUAAAGUAGCAUCAUUAUUAUUAGAAAAUGAACGCAAAAAUUUAAAUAAAAAAUAUAAGAAAACUGAUGUUAAGAAAACAGUCAAAACAGUUAACAAAAAACAAAAACUGCAUUCUCCUGAAAAUGCAAGUUCUGGGAGUGUUGCUAACGAAAGGAACAAAAUAACCACAAGUAGAAAGAAGAGUGUAAAACAAAAUGUCACUUGUGGUAAAAAAUUGUCAGUUAUCAAAGAUAAAUCUCCAAAAAUGAGUUUCAAAAGUAAAGAAAAUAGUGUAAAACAAUCAACACCUGAAAACAAGCGACAACAACUGCAGAGUGUUUUGUUAAGACAAGAACAGAAAAUGAUAUUCGGUGAUCGCAUUCCUUCUACUUCAGAUUCUGAUAGUGAUACAGACAUAUUUGAAAAAAAGAAAUCUGUAACUAAAACUAAAUCUGAAAAAUGUCCUCCAAAAAAGAAAAAGCGUGAUCAUAUCAAACUAUCCGAAGAUAGCUCUAGUGAAAGUUCAAGUAAAAAUAAUUUGAAUUCAUCAAAAUGUGUGAAGCUAAAUACGGACAAUGUCUCUGAAAUAUCUCCAAAUAAGAAAAAUGCAAUCCCCUCAUUAUUACACACCACUAAAUCAACUAAUAUAGAUCUUAACAAAACUGUGCCUACAAAAAAGUGUCGCAUAAAAAAUAAUCCAUUUUCAGAGUCGUUUGAAAUUCAGAGAAAUAACCCUAAACCAUGCGUUGACAUUCCUCAGAAAGAAAUUUCAAAAAUCAAAGAUACCAGUAAUGAGAUCUGCAGUAGUAGUUCAAUACCUAUAAAUCCUUGCAACAUAUCUGAUGGGAUUGUUAAAGAAUUGUCCUCUAAAAAUGAUUCAGAAGAAAAUAAAAAAUCAAAGCAACAAUGUGGGUCACCAAGUAAACUCGCUACUCUAAAAAAGGAUUCUGAACUCUUAAAUGCAAUAAAAACAGACGAUUCAUCAAUUGGUAAAGUGUAUCCUAAAAAUGGUAUGAUUAUUGACCAAAUAUUUGUAUCUAAUAAAACAUGUAUACAAAAUUCUAACAGUGUCGAAUUAAAUAAAUAUAAUGCAAAAUAUGAAUCUUCUGAAACACUAAAUGCAAGUGAAGACGUACAAAAGGAACUACCACACACAGAUAGCAAUGAAGAUGAAAACGAAAUAUGUAUAACAAGCACUAGUACAUCUGAAAGAACAAAUUUUACUGCAAUGCUCGAUCAGUUGGAUCUUAAUCGUCGAGACACUUAUCAAGUAGAUGAGGGCAAUGUUAUACUAUCCUAUUCCCAAAUAAUUCAACAUUAUUAUUAUUCUCCUCUUAAUUGUGGUGAAAUUGGACAGUGUGAAAAUAAAGAAACAACUCAAUUAAAUUUUGGCAACACUUCUCUUUUGGAUAAUGGAAAUAAAACUAAAGAACAAACAGUGAAAAGAAGAAUUCAACUAAUUCCGAUUGAGAAUGAUAAGUAUGAGCAAAAACUCCAGGUUGAUUAUGAUGUUGCUUAUCAUGGUGGCGAAAAGAAAAUUAUUGUUAACCGUGGAAACCGGCGACUUAGUAGUGAAACAGAAAUCCUUGAAUGCAGCACAAGUUCUUUACUAUCUUCAGAUACUGGUUAUGGGAACAAACAAAGCUUUAAUAUGUUAAAAAAUUGUUUGGAUUCUCAGGAAAAAGACAAAACAGUAAUAUCUGUAAACCAACAAGACACAGUAGAACAAUCAUUUGAUAAAUUUGGUGGCAGUAGCAGAAUCGAAAUAAAUGAAAUGUCCAGUUGUUUCAAUAAAAAAGAAGUUACAAAAGAAUCUUUAGUGAAGAUUCAUGAAAAUCUUAAAUCGGUUUCAGAAAAUUACCCAAAUCGCUUAGGUAGUAAUGAAAGGGUUUGUAGGGAUUCCAUUGUGACUUCAUCAAAAUCAAGAAAUCACAGGAGUCAUCAUUCAAGAGAACAAACUGAAAGAGAGAGGGACAACUCAAGAUAUGAAAAAGAGUCACCUUCUCCAUUAGAAAGAAGGAGAGAUCGAGAUGAAUGUGGCAGGUAUGAUAGAAGGGAUAGAACAAGAUAUUGUGAAAGAUGGAGGAGAGAGUCAGAUAAGAGAAAUCAACCAUCGCACAGGUAUGAUAGGAGAGGUUUUUCCACAGAUUCUGAAGUUAACAGACGUAAAUCAAGAAGACAUUUUAAAUCUCCUGCUCAUGACGUUGAAACUAUUGAACAACUAAAGAAGAGCCUAUCCAGGAUUGAACAAAACGAUUUAGACAGAGUCGAUACAAUAGAGGAAAGUACUAAAGUAACAUUACAAAAUGAAGAGAAAGUAGAUCCUAGAGCAGCCCAAAUCUUAUCAUACAGCGAUGUCGAGAAAAAUGAUUCAUCAAGGGAUGGAGCUGAUAGCUUGAUGGAUUUUGCAGUCAUCUCGAAAACAAAAGAUAAAAGCAGGUUACCAGAAAAUUUACAGAAGAGCUCAUCUGCUUCAAGUGUAAACCAACAAGAUUCAACUAAAAGUAACAAAAGGAAAGCAACUAAUGCGUUUGAAACCUCUGUAGCUUCUCUUGUUCAGAAAAAACUGAAACUUGGCGAAGUUGAAAUGAAGGAAGCCAAAAGUGUAUUGAGGCACAAAAUGGCAGAUAUGUUGAACGUUCUUCACCCAGACACCAGCACUGAAGCCACGUAGCAUUUGUUGAACGCAUUGGGAUUGUUUAGCAUCCAUACAUCAUCAUGACCGAUGCUGAUCAGGACAAUGUUUUCCACUUGUCAAUUGCAAUUUUUUGUCAAAAGCAGGGCCGCCGUGGGCAGAGUGGUGGCUUGGAAGCGGCGUCUUUGGGGGCGUUUUUCAGGAUUUUACCUUUAAUCCCGGAAGUCGAUGAUGAUGUUCUUAUGACUGCGGAGAUAAUCUUGAUUUUGCCGCAAUUACAGAGGUCAAUGACUAUAUUUCCGUUAGUGAUGAAUAUAUUCAGGAUUUUGUUGCAAUCACCGAAGAGAGUGAUGACGUUUUAGUGACCACAGGAGGUAUUCAGGAUUUUUCCGCAAUCGUGGAGGCCGAUGAUAAUGUCUCAGACAGCUACGCGACUCACCAAGAGCUCAUUGUGUGUUUGGGGGGCCUGACAAUAUCCCACCCCGGGCGCCAAUAUACGGAGCGACUGCCCUGGAAAAACAUAUCAUUAGUUUAAAAAUCCAUGGCUCGAUGAACUAAGAUUUGUUAUAGGGCUAAUGGUUAAUAUUAAUAUAAACUGUUUUUCACCCUUAAAAAAUAGUAAAAUCUAUUUUCCAAAACUAAACCUGUUGCAUAAGUUAUCAAGCAAUUUUUCUGUCAAUAAUUCAAAUUUAAAUUGAAUAAAAAAGUAUAUUUUUCUUGAAAGAAAAUUACUAAACCCAUGAAAGCUGUUACCAUGAAAGCUGUUAACAUAUUUAAACACUAAUGAGUAUUACCUUUGACUAUUAAUACAACAACAGUCAAUGGUAUUACUUAUAAAUAUCGGUGGCCUACUAUUGGGAGUUUUUUUUAUAAAAUAGCCUAUCACGUUUAUCAGUCUAAUGUAUUAUUAAAUCCUAACAACCAAAAAUCUACUUUUUUCAUCAUUAAAAAAAUAUUUGUAUUGUAUCGUUUUAUUAUUUGCCGUUACUUUGUUAUUGUUUUGAUUAACUGUGAAUGAAUUAUACAUGUAGGCCUACAUAUAAUAAGGACACAACAAAACUGUAAGCGAGACCAACAUAAAGAUAUACCCAACCAUGUCAAUUGUUUCAUAUUUAUUUAGUUUUUGCAUGCAUGUGUACUGUAGGCGAGAGUGAAGAAGUCCUCUGAGCCAGAGUGAUAUGGAGCAAUGUUUGUAUGUUGCCGCGCGGUAUUUGCAGGUGCUCUUUUGGUUUUAACACAGUGGAUGUGAGCCCUGACUGCCGCGUGGAACAUGAGUAACCCGCCUGGCGCGCCUAGCCAUUGAGUAGCAAGCGCCUGCAUUUUCAGAAUAGGCCAGUGCUCAGAGGACUUCUUAACUCUCGCCUACAGUACAUUGAUUUAAGGCAUUGAAAGUACUAACUCAAACCUUAUCAGUUUUAUCAAUUUUGGAAAAAUGUGACUAGGUAAUAAAGAAUCCUAUUUUUUAAGUAGUAUUGAUUGCUACUUUUAUAACAACACUACUUUAUGUAGUCUAAUACAAAAAAAAAAAACCAAACAUAUUUCAUUGACAGACAUUUUAAUUUAAAAUUAUCCGUUAAACUAUGGUCCAGAUCUAGCAAUACAUCUAGUCGCCUUUAACACGUUCGCUACUGCAAUUGUACGAAAUUUUCCAUUCACAUGGACCAGCGACGCACAUAUGCGACGGUUGGUUUCCACCCAUAGACUGCCGUCGCAUAUAUGCGUCGGCUAGUGAUAUUAAAAUAGACUGCCGUCGCAUAUUUGCGUCGGGGUUCUAAUGUUAUUAAAAUGCUUAUAUCUUUGUAGUGGUCUAUUUGAAGGCACUGAAUUCCCUGCAGUGGUCUACAGAGAUGUCUGACGCACAACUGCGUCGCUUGGUCUGUGGAUAUGAUGAUUGGUGACGUCAUAUAAUAGUUGGAAAAACUGGUCUUUACUUUUCUGCAUCACUGUAUGUAUGUAUGCAGUAUGUAUGCUGCAUUAUUAUAUGUAGCUUUUAUAUUUGUUCAGUUAUAAACUGUUCUUAAUUAAUGUGUUUUUUUACUUACUUUCACUUCAAAACACAAAAAAAUGAACUGUCGCAUAUGCGACGUUUAGUCUAUUUCAAGAAUACUAUGAUAAUUUUCACUAUUGUCUUCGCUGUAGACCGGGCGUCGCAAAUAUGCGACAUUACAAAAGGUUAUAAAAAAUACAAAAAAACAAGAAUUAAUUCUUUACAAACACGAUUGUAGCGUAUUACAAUGUAAAUGAUCACUGUUUUACAGGUUUUCGCCCGUGGUCUGUGUGUACUGUUAUCCAAGUGACAGCCGGUCUAUGUGUAAGAUUCAAACGUAUACCUCGGUCUGUGGCAAUGACCGCGGCAUCGCAUAUAUGCGACGCUCAGUAGCGAACGUGUUAAAGUAUUACUGUAGAAUAAACAUUAAAAUGUAAAUCCUUCCAUAACCAUAGUUUAUGGACUUGGUACAAUCCUUUUCAAUAAUUGUUUAGCUCAAUAAGCUGGAUGUAAGUGAAGUCUAUAGCCUACCUGCCAAAUUUUGAUUUACAGCUAGAACUAAUUUGAUCGUUUGUCCUAGAACAGUGUCCCUAAUUUACCUUCCUGUGGUCAACUUGUAAACAUAAUUUAACUUGCUAAUAUAUUUUCUUAUAAAGUGAAAUGCAAUAAAUAACUCGGAAAAUAUUUAAAUGCAUAUUUAUUACUUAAAGUCAGAAUAGUAGUAUUCAGUUGGUUUCUAAAGAAAAUUGUAUUAAUUAUUAUUUUUUAUAAAUAGGUGAAAAGUAGUACAUUUUGGAAAUAAAGAUAGUGCAUUUGAUUUGAAUACACUCUAGAAUCCCGGUUAAAGUUCAUUUUAAUUUGGGUUAUUCAUAGGUCAGGUAGUGGAUUUUCAUUUAAUUGGCAUUGAUUCAUUGUAGUACCUCAUCACUAUAUCCUUCAUAAGGGUAAUCCUGUAAGGUGUAAUGUAUGUACACCAUGUUAUGUGUAAUGUAUCAGGUUAGCAAGGUUAUGUGUCAUCAAGUCCAAGUUUUAUCGUAAUAUUUUUGAAUUUUAAUGUUUACAUUAUAAAACUUAAAAGCUAUUUUUAUUAAUUUACCAUUUUAAUGUGUAUAUCGAAUUUUAUCUAUCAUAAUGAUACCUAUGUACAAAUGUAAACUAGAAACUAUUCACUGUAUAUUAAUGUACAUACAC